GUGGAAGCGAUCGGUUCAUCCGUGUCGGUGUCGUUUCACGUCUGCUCUCUCGCGGCUACGCUCGCUUCCGGGAAAGCUAAUCCUCACGGGUCCCGACUUUUCCUUCGACUGUGCAGAGUCUUCCGUUCUAAUCAUGUUGAAAACGUCUACGGAAGAGAGCCUGCGCUUCAUCAGGCAAUCCUUGAAGUCGGAUGAAAUGGACCAUCUCGAAGGUAUCCACUUCGAUGGACUGUACCCUCACGUUUUCGUUACACUUGGCGCGUCCGGCGACUUGGCUAGGAAGAAAAUUUACCCGACGCUAUGGUGGCUGUUCAGAGACAACCUUUUGCCGAAGACUACAACGUUCUACGGUUUUGCGCGGACCAACAUGACCGUGGCCCAAUUACGGGAGAAGUGUCAUCCGUAUAUGAAGGUGAAGCCGGGCGAAGAGCAGAAGUACGAAGAGUUCUGGAAACUGAAUCAUUACGUGGCCGGAACGUACGACUCGCAGAAACCGUUCGAGGUACUGAACAAUGAGCUGAAGAAACACGAGCAGGGCUACCAGAAUGCUCAUCGGUUGUUCUAUUUGGCCUUGCCACCGAGCGUGUUCGAGACCGUCACCGUGCACAUCAGAAACGUGUGCAUGGGCCAGAAAGGUUGGACCAGGGUGAUCAUAGAAAAACCGUUUGGAAGAGAUGCGAUCACGUCACAGCGUCUGUCUGAUCAUCUGGCGUCGUUAUUCAAAGAGGAACAAAUUUACCGUAUCGAUCAUUACUUGGGAAAAGAGAUGGUGCAAAAUUUAAUGACCAUCAGGUUCGGUAACAGAAUAUUCAGCCCGACCUGGAACAGGGACAACGUGGCCUCCGUGCAGAUUACGUUCAAAGAACCGUUCGGCACACAAGGGAGGGGUGGUUACUUCGACGAAUUUGGGAUCAUAAGGGAUGUAAUGCAGAACCACCUGUUGCAAAUAUUGUCGUUGGUUGCAAUGGAGAAGCCCGCGUCCUGCCAUCCGGACGAUAUACGAAACGAGAAGGUUAAAGUCCUGAAAUCCAUGAAACCAUUGGAACUGGAGGACGUGGUACUAGGUCAAUAUGUCGGGGAACCUAAUUCUGACGAUCCUGAAGCACGAUUGGGAUAUUUGGAUGAUCCUACUGUACCACCCGGUUCCAAUACCCCAACGUUCGCUUUGGCCGUUCUGAGAAUUAAUAACGAACGGUGGGAUGGCGUGCCCUUUAUUCUUAGGUGUGGGAAAGCGUUAAAUGAACGAAAGGCGGAAGUUAGAGUGCAGUAUCGAGACGUACCUGGUGAUAUAUUUGAUGGAAAGGCCAAAAGAAACGAGUUAGUGAUAAGGGUACAACCUGGCGAAGCUUUGUACAUUAAAAUGAUGACCAAAUCACCAGGUAUUACGUUUGACAUGGAGGAAACUGAAUUGGAUCUUACUUACGGUUGUAGAUACAAGGAUCUCAAACUGCCCGAUGCAUACGAACGAUUGAUCUUGGACGUAUUUUGUGGAUCACAAAUGCACUUUGUUCGUAGCGACGAACUUUCAGAAGCGUGGAGAAUCUUCACGCCAUUGCUUCAUCGAAUAGAGAAUGAACAAAUUAAACCUAUCCCGUACAAAUACGGAUCUCGUGGGCCUAAGGAAGCCGAUGAAAUGGCAAAAUUGAAUAAUUUUGCUUAUUACGGGUCUUAUAAAUGGGUGAAACCGUAAUGCUUAGGACUUCUUUGAUAUAUCGAACAUUACUAACAUCACAAACCACAGAAAUCUGUACUACAAUUUAUUAUCUGUGAUCAUAGCAUUCCAUAUUUUUAUACCAAUAUACAUGGUACUUACACGGCAUUUUAUAUACGUAUAUAUUAAUUUAUAUAACUAAUUUAUUGAUAAAUCAAGGUUUUCACUCGUUAAAACAGUUUUUAAAUGUAGAGUGGUAAAAGUAUGCAGUUUAAGUAAUAAAAAAAAACAAAUGUA